AUGAAAACUUCCGGACCUGAAAAAAGAAAGAGGAUGCAUAUAAAGAAAAAGAAAGUUUUUACCGGGAAGAAGACUUCCAGCAAAUAUGAUGAAGAAUUUAAAGAAUUGCUUCAACAAUGUAAAGAUGAGAAGACUGCUGAUAAUCUUGCUAUUUAUGCUAAGGACACAAAAAGUUCCUCCAUAACUUUUUCACCUAAAUCUAGACCGAAAAGUAUGCCGUCUUCCGAACCUGCUACUCCUUUUUCCGUAGAAGACACUGAACCUACUUUAAGAAGAAGAGACACCUAUUUUGAAGGCAGCCAUAGAGAAGCCGAGAUAAGACCUAGUUUUUUAGCCGAAUUACUAAAUUUAAGAAACGAAAUUGAAGCACUUAAAAAUAAAGUUGAAAGUGAAAAUAAAAGAUUAGCAGAAAAAUACAAAUUCCCUGAAGCAGAAGAGGAAGAAAUUGAAAAAGAAAACAAUUGGAAAAUUUUUCGAGAUAGUGCUUAUCGUUUAGAUGUAAUUUUUGGCAAACAAAUUAAAGCAUUAGAGAGUGAUAUUAAAAAACUUAACAAACUAAUUAACCAGCAAGAAAAAUCCAUAAAAGCCCUUGAAAAACAAAUUGAAGAAAAAGACGCUAAAAUAACUGAAUUACAAGACAAUAAUAAAACUUUGUCAUCUAAAAAUACCAACUUAACCACUGAAAAUAGCAACUUAAAAAAAGAAAAAGGCAUCUAUUCAGCAAGGUUAGACAAAAUAAAAGAUGAAGGGUUGAAAAUUUUCAAGGACGACGGAGAUAUCGAUACCGAUAAAAUAAAGGCGAUUCUCCAAAGAGUUAGUUUAGACGAUAUUAAAAAAGAUGCGGUGGAGAGACUUGCUUCCUGGAUAGUUAAUAGUAGCCUAAAUGACGAGCAAGUAUUAGCACAAUUAGUUAAAGACGAACAGGUUAGAAAAGGAAAAUAUGAAAAAAGUGCUAUUUCGGGUUUAAGAGGUGAUAAUUUAAGUACUAACAAAAACGAAACUAUUCAGCGUAUUAUUGCCGAACAACAAAUUAGCACCACCCAAGAAGAGAAUUAUAUUAAUGCUGAAACAGUAAAAAGCACCAAUGAAUUAGCCAAACGAGAAGGGGUGGUAAUAAAAGCCAUUGGUGAGGUUCGUCAAGUAAUUAACAACAAAACUGAAGCCAUUAACCGCCUCAAUACCAACCGCCAAGCGGGCACUAUCACCGAUGCUGACUUACUUAACGAACUAAAAACCAGCCACGGAGCCGCGAAUACUUUAACCAACUGA